AUGGUUGUUCUUCCCAGCAGCAGCGGGUACCGUCCCAAUAAGGGCGUCAAACGUGAACAUGAUCCCGACCAAAUUCACGAUAUCAGUUCCAAAAGUCCAAAUGCAAAUGGCACUUCAAACAAUCACACACACCAGCAUAAGAAAAAAAAGAGUCACCAUCCUCAAAACCAGGCCGAACAAAGCGGAGGCGGAAAGAAGAGAAAGAAGUCUAAGCACAAGUCUUCUCAAUCACAGCAACAAGACACAUUAAUGAGUGGAGGCUUAGGAGAUAUGAGCGUGGAGUUGGGAGAGCCGAUCUUAUCACCUCCUGACGAUUCUCAAGAUUUGACACCCAAAGUUGCUACAGCUAUGGAAGUAAAGCAUGCGAAAAUGAACAAAGAUGGAGGCGGUGGCAAAAAGAAGAAAAAUAAGACGAAGAAGAACAGGACCGUACAUUUUGAAGAACCUAGUAGUAACUAUCGCCCACCGCACGUUGUUGAUGAGGAAGAGGAGGCAGAAAUCGAGAGAUUCGAGAUGAAUCGUGAUACAGCUGCGCGCGAAACAUCUAACUUACCCGUUCGAUCUCACAGCCCAAUCUUACCACCAACAUCCAGUCCAAUUCUUCCUCCUACCCGACCAAAAAGAUCCUUGAGCCAUGGUCCACCACCUCCUAUUCUCCCACAGGCUUCUCCAAGUCGGAUGAAUCCACUGUAUGUUCCUCCCACAAUCUCGACUCCGAUCUUACCUCCAGCUUCACCUUUCAGAAGAAGACGUGGGUCAACUGAUAAUGCCUUUUCUCAACCGCCACCAACCUUCUCAACAGAAGCUUCCAGUCCACAGACUACUCAAUCAACACGUGCCAAACCAACAUCCGCCAAAUCAGCCGCACCUAAAUCUAAGGAUGACGAAUGGGAGUUUAGCACUGGAAAAUUCGAGCAAUGA